AUGGCCAAGCUUGAUACAGCACAGUCCAACUCGGACUACCCGGUCCCUAGAGAAUAUGAAGAAAGCCUGACCCUUCACAAAGACUGGACUCCAGAAGAAGAGAAGAAGGCCAAGAGAAAGUUGGAUCGGAUCAUCAUGCCCCUCUUGACCCUGGGCUUUUUCUGUCUUCAGCUCGACAGAGGCAACAUCGCCAACGCACUCACUGACAACUUCUUUCAAGACGUCGGCAUAACCCAAAACCAGUUCAACGUCGGUCAACAAAUGCUGUCCCUCGGUAUUGUGUUGUUCGAGAUACCUUCCAAUAUGAUCCUCUAUCGAGUAGGCCCUGGCAAGUGGCUUACUCUCCAGCUAUUCCUCUUCGGUACUGUCAGCACCUUUCAGGCGUUUCAGAACAACUACGCUUCCUUCGUCGUGACGCGCUUCUUGUUGGGAUGUACUGAGUCGGGUUUUAUCCCGGGAGGUUUAUGGACAUUGUCCACUUGGUAUACUAGAAAGGAAACGGCCAAGAGAGUCAUGUUUUUUUACUUUGGUAAUCAGUUUGGUCAAGCUAGCUCAAAGUUGUUGGCUUAUGGUAUUCUUCAUAUGCGAGGAGUAGGUGGGAAAAGCGGUUGGUUUUGGCUCUUUGCACUGAUGGGUGGCUUUACCGUUAUAUGCGGAGCUGUGCUUGGUUGCCUUUUGCCCGACUCAUUCAAGAAUCCCAGAAGCGCCUUUUUGCCAAACAUCAACAUCUUCAACGAAAGAGAACUUCACAUUCUACAGACAAGAGUUCUACUUGACGAUCCCAUGAAGGGAAAGAAAAAGAAGAAGAUUGGUCUUCCUGCUUUCAAGAAAGCCUUUUCCAACUGGCGUCUUUGGGUUCACGCCGUCAUCACACUAUCCAACAACGCUCCCCAACGUGGUUUCGACACAUAUUCCCCCUCGAUUGUUAAGAGCUUUGGUUUCAAAGGACUUACCAGCAACGCUCUCGCCUCUGUUGGUCUGUUUCUUCAGAUUCCUGUCUCUUGGUGCUUCAGUUAUGUCUCGGAUAGAUUUAACAUGAGGCCUGAGACUGUCAUGGCUGGGUUAAGUCUACAUCUUCUCGGCUACGUCUUCAACCGUAUCUUUACAGAGCUCUCACUGAGGGGCGUCAGUUACUUUGGUGUCGUGUGGACUCAGACAUUUGGCACUUUUUCGCAUCCUCUCAACAUUGCAUGGAUGUCCUUGGCCUGUGAUGAUUCUGAAGAACGAGCCCUUGCUAUGGCUAUGGUCAUCAUGUUUGCAAACAUCGCAGGAAUCGCGGGCGCUCAAAUCUUUCGAUCCGAUGAUGCACCAAAGUAUCGCCGUGGCUUCAGUAUCAACAUUGCGAUUCUUGCCGUUGGCCUUGCUCUCGCCGCCGUGCGCUUUGUCGAUGAUAAGUUUUGGCGGCGCGAAAAGGUUGCCGAGAUUCAGCAGCAGCUUGCUCAGGAGAACGAGAGCACUGGUGAUGAGAAGAGUGAUGGGCAAAGAGAGACGACUCCUACUCUCGGAGUUGAGAAAGCUUCCCCAGCCGCAUUGAAUCCUCUUGCAAAGCCAACCUAG